AUGCGCAGACUCUUCACACCGCUUCGCACGCAUUCCCGCCAAUUCUUCAGAACCAUGACCACCGAACAGCCACCGCCUCUACCUCCUCUCUCUGCAGAGGAUCACCAGAUCUUCAACCGCUUCUCCGUCAUCAUGGACUCCUUUCACAACAACUUCCGCCGCUACUGGCAGGAUCUCUGGCAAACAGCCACCACUGGCAUCCGCCCCCGCGGCAUGACGCUGCGCCAGGUAGUCAACAACGGCAUCGACUUCACCAGAUACCUCACGGCGCAUCACAACAUUGAAGAGCAGCACCUCUUCCCGCAUCUGGCUACCCGCAUGUCCGAGUUUGACGGCAAAAAGGGCCUCAUGCCCAAACAGCACAAGCAGAUCCACACUGGCCUCAACAACCUGCAGGUGUACCUAACCAAGGUUAGCAAGGGCGAGGUGGACUUCCAGACAGAUGACCUUAAGAACGUCAUGGAGCCUUGGGCCGAGGUCCUCUGGUCGCAUCUCGACGCAGAAGUCGCGUCUCUCAAGGCAGAGAAUAUGCGCAAGUACUGGACAAAGGAGGAGAUGAUAGCCAUGUACAAAAAGUAUUGGUCAUAG